AGAGAGAGAGAGCAAGAGUGGAGCCAGGAGAGAAGAAGAGGGCGACGAAACACCAAGGGCAUACGAAGAGCCAAGCAAGUCUCCUAAAUUCCCUUGGCUGUUUGAUACGAGCACUAGGAGCAGAACGCUGCUUGGAUAUGACGAUGAGAAUCUGCAGCACUACUACGAAUAAUGAACCACUGACGACACAAAAUCCUCGAGCACGGAAGCGAUAUUUUAGGCACAAGAAGAACCAACUAGGUAUUCUUUUGACUAUCUGCAUGGAACCUCUCUAUCCCAUUCUCCAAAACAACACCCCACUGCUCGCACAUGCACUCGCAUGCAAACGUAAACCAGAACAGCGGCGCUUGCCCUAUCCCCUGGGUAGAGUAGUAUCUACGGUGCCGAGAAUCCCCGCUCUAGCAUUCGCAGCGCCACAGAAGAAAUGCCACCCGUGCCAGCAGCCCACUCCCCAUUUCCCAUUCCCCAAAUCCGCGUCUCGGCGCUUCGGCACCACCGUUCAUGGCUUCCCAUCCCAUCCCAGCUCUCCAACCCUCGAGCCGUUCCAUUCGUUUCGCAUAGCCAACAGCACGCGUAAUAUCCCAUGCCAGACGCAGCAUCGGCCCGCCGCAUAUCGCCGUCGACAGUGCAAGGCGGCCGUAACGAAUUCCGUAUGAUCAUGAUGGUGCUGAAAUUAUGGCGUAAAGCGCGCGCGGGGGCGUCCCUAUCGCGCAGCGCAGCGCAUCUCUCAAAUCCCGCAGCAGGUAGGUAGGUACAAGUAUGCAGUGCGCGCUCACGCCGCGACCUCGGCCGGCAGCUUCGACGCCGCAGCCGCAUCAUCGUUAUUGUCGUCUUUGGGCAAGUCCUCCUGUAAAGCAAGAGCAU